UAGACCACGUCGUGCCGAAUCUAGUAGGCAUUGGGACUGUGUAAAAUAAAGCUCAGUUGUUCUCGCGUGUACCACUGCGUCUUAUUUUUAUCCGGUGGCCUCCUUUGCCGGUCUUGAACUUCACGGCAUGUCCGUUACGUCUCGUGAAUUUAAAAUUGUUUGUGUCCCUCGGAAUUUCGGUGUGCAGCCAAACAUUGUAAUGUGUAAUUGUUUGCGAGUGCUCUUGAGGUGAUCUUUUGACUGAAAGUGAAGUUGGAAGUUGGGUACCUAGUGUUGAUACAGAUCCAUUGAAAAUGAAGUACAACACCAUCAGCACAAGCAGUUUGGCGAGCGAGGGGAAGAAGUCUACCUUAACUAUAUAUGCAGAUAUGGAUAUAUCGCACAACAAGAUGGCGUAUACGGAGUCGGAGAUGUCCUCCAUUAGGGGCGAGCUAGAAAUAGUACAGAAAGCUCUAAAACUUCAGACAAAGAGAUGUCGGCAACUAGUUGCAGAAUACACCAGGCGACUCCAAGAAAAAGAAGUACAGUAUCGCUCAGAAAAAGCUCUUAGAGACGAUCAGUUGGCAAAAGUCCUAAGGGCAUUGUUAAUAUUUGAGGCUAGACUUAAGCAAGAACAAAAGUAUAUCAGCCAUCAGCUUAACGAAAAAGAUUAUAUAAUCAAGAAACAAAGCAGCGACAUUAAGAAACUGCUAUCGAAUCAGUAUUGCAAAAACUGCAACCAGUACUAUGUUUCAAGCCCAGUUCAAGAAAGCUUAGACAGCAGUUCGGAGUACGUAGUCACUGAUUAUCAAGAUUACCAAUCAUCCAAUUUUGAAUCAUUAGAUAGUAGUAGUGAGACCUACGCUACCAUAUCAGAAAAAGGCUACAAGUCUGAAGGUACUUAUCAGUCAUACAAUAACGAAGAUAAUUCUAAGUCAGAAACGGAAUCUGUGAAAAAUAUUUACCAGAAGAAUAGAAACAAGGAUUCCUUAGGAAGGAGAUCUAGAAAGAUCCCACAUCGGAAAAGUAUAGGAACUUAUUUUGAGGUCUUAAAAUUGCGAAAUGAUAAUGCUAGUCCCAUAUCGAACGAAGAUAAUACCAGUAAUGACUACGAUAACUUAGACUCAUUACCAUCUGAGAGCGUAACAGAUAAAAUAAGUCUUGUGUCUGAGAACAUAGAACUAAUUUUUGAAAAGAAUGAAGAAAUUAUUGAUGAAGCGGAGUCGAGCCCAAACAUUUCCAUAUCAGAGUGUAACGACACUGUUAUCAAUAAAAGCAUAACAACAGUGGUUGAAAAUGAUAAAAGUUCUGAUGUAAAUUUCAAUGAAAUCAUAUUGAGUAAAAUUAAAACUAAAAAUGAUACAGCAAAUGAAAUUAGUGAAGACAUCAUUGAGCAAAGUACAUCUAAACUGUCAAAAAUCACUGAAACAAUACCCGUGUUUGAGGCUGACGGUGAAACCAAUGAUAAUUGGUAUGCGAGUGCUAGUGACCAGGAAGACGAAGAACACAGGGAUAUAUACAGGAAUAAUCCAGUAUUGGAAUGUAUGAAUCAAAUCUUAUUACAAAACAUAAGUGAUCCUUUAAAUUCGCCACCUAAAACACCUAAUAUGGAAAGAAAAUCUGUCAAGAAUAAACGUGUAAAGUUUAGUGAUGAAGAAGAAAAUAAAAUACCAGACGUAAAAGAAUCCACACUUACUCAAGAAAAUUUAAAUGAGAAGAAAGGUACAUCAACUCACGAUUAUUAUGAAACACCAAUACAAAAAACCCCGAACUUUUAUGAGACACCCCAAAGUAUUUACAGCAAUGAUUACGAGCAAAUUUUAAGCAAGUGCAGCGAAACAUUUUCUAAUUCUCCUUUAACAAAAUCGGCACAAGACAAAGAAUUUACCAAUAAGUUAAACAUAAUCGCACAACCUCAUUAUUACAUGGAUAUGGAGCCCAAAGUAGAAACUGGGGAACAGGAAAAAAUCAUUAGGAAGAGUAAAAUCUUACGCACCCCUCCAGCAUUGCCCCCGAAACCUGCAAAUCUUGUUUCGAAAUACAAAAUCCAAAAUAUUGGCAAAAAGACUCCAUCGGAAAAAAGCAACGAUAGUUUACUAGACUGUGAACCUGAUUACUGUUCGAUAUCGGAGUUAAACUUACCACAAAACAGAAAUAUUUCCUUUAAGAAAAUUAAUGUAGUUGCUGAAAUAAAUUCUCCAACUUCCCAAGAUGUUUUAAAUAAAUUAUGCUCUCCAAAUGAAUUGCCCAGGGUGGAUAAAGGAAACAAUAUCAACAAUAAAGUUAAUCGUAGUCCAUGUGAUUACGACCCAGUCUCUGUUAAUAAUGACAAUUUGGUGGUUAAAAAAUGUGUAGAAAAAUUAAACAUCCAACUUGCCAAACAAACCCCUAUCAGAUCUGAAGUUGCAAUAAAAUUACAGACUCCAAAAAAGAAUGAACCUGAAAUACCAAAGUUACCCCAAGUGUCCGAAAUAAUAAUUCCAGAUGAAAAUGAGGAGAAAGAAAAAGAGGAACGAAUAAGCCAAGAUAACUAUGUGAAAAACAAUUCUCAAAUUUUUAAAUUAAAAACUACUCGUAAUGAACAAAGCCGCAGGCCGAUUAUGAUUGGAUCUUCAGUAUCAAGCCUUAUUACAGGAUUUAAUAACCACCAACUAUUAUCUGAAAUUAAAAUGAAGCCUGAAAAGGUCAAACCUGAAAAACAUAUGUUUUCUAGUUUUGAAGAUCUACAAAACUUAGAUAAACAAUCAAACUCGAUUAAAGAGAAACCUUCCGAAACUCCAAAUUUUGAUAACUUUGAUUUGAGUCAAAAUUUUGAAGAGUUUAAGCUAGAUGACUGUGAGAUAGAAGAGUACAAUGUGGAAGAAGAAAUCGAAGAAGAUUCUGAGAUAAAUAUAGACAAAGUGAGAGCAGAAAGCUUAAAUUCUCCAACAAAUAGUAAAUCAUCCACGAGGGUAGAACUAAUUCGUGCCACAAAUGAUGUAUUAACCCCUACUCUAAACAGAAACUCCAUAGAGUUAUUGAAGAAGCAAUUAGAAUUACAGAAGAAUCAAAUUCAAAAGGAACAAGUUAUUAAAGAUAGUUCCUCAUUUCGAGGCAAGAAUGAACCCACUUAUGAACAUUUCCUGGAGUGCACUGGAUUGAGCUCAAAAUCCAUAUUAACGCCAUCUAGACUGUUAAGUAAUCACAAGAGUAUGUUGAAACCGAAAGAUGUGAAGCUUCGUUCCAAAGUUAAGGCUAAUAACUUAUUCGAACGUCAUAGUACUAGCUCUGUAAAAUAUUGGUCUGAACCAUAUGUCUAGCAUAUUAAGAAGUUUUUUAGACUUAAGUCUGUGUUAAUAAUAAAUAUUUCUUCUCUAAAGUAACAUUUAAAUUCAAUGUUGACGAUUGUAAAUAAAUAAUAAAACAUAAGUUCCACAGACUAUGUAUGAACUAUCCAAAUAAUAUAAGAGAGCAACAUACUUACCUAGAGACGAACGUAAUGAACUGAUCCUUUACAACAUGUGACAUGAAUAUUUUUUUUUAAAUACUUUUAAAAUAAAUGCUCCCAAUUAGUCAGUUAUAAUUUUAAUUGUAAUAUUAUGGAAAGUAUUUAUUCAUAGAAAUGGUAUGGCACGAUUGAGGUCAUAAAUCGUAAUGAACCUAUUUAUUAGGAGCGAAUUACGUUUCUAGAUUAUGUUUUAUUAUUAAAUUUUUUGUUUUAUUUCUAUGUACCUUUAUGUUAUAAAACUAUUCAUUUAUCUAUAUUGUAAAAUUUGUUGAUGUUAUUAUAU